GGAGUUCAAGAUCGCUAUUUCCGUUAUGAAGCUGCAGGAGAUCAAUUCCUGGGGCGAGUAGUGGCUGGACUUCCCGUAAAUGACUCUAAGUUCGCUAUUUUACCGCCCCAUUUUCAGGAUGGCUCCGAUAAAAAUGUGCAAUUGUGCGUGGAGACUAUGUUCCGGUUCUCUCUCGCGAAGCGAAUAUGA